AUGGAACAGAGCAAGAGCAAGACGACGACCAAGACCACCUACUUGGCUCGUCCCCGCACCGCCUCCAUCUCCAACCACAUCUCCACCUCAAGCUCCAUUUCCGUCCCCGCCGCCAAGGUCCUCGCGGCCACCAUCACCCCCAUCAACACCACUUCCUCCAACAUGUCGUACCAUCGACCCCUCUCCCCCGGUGGACGACGACUACACAACUCCAAUCGCAUGUCCGAUCAAGGCCUCUCCGAAUAUUACCCCUCCGCCUCACGACAUUCCACCAAUUCCUAUGGAAACCCUCGGGCCAGCGCUGGCGUCAUCCCCAUCUCCACCCAAACGUUCAUCAACGUCCCCCCUCCAACGUCCUCCCGACCCGUCACGCAAUACGACUCAUACUCCGGCCGACCGCGCCGAUCGUCCCUCGUCGAUUCCCAACGAGGGACGGUGCCAUCCACCUCCCAGUCCAUCAACCGCUCCCGACCGAACAUCAUUCAAUCCGACGCGGCACGACCGGUCAGUCCCGUCAAACUUCCCCGCGAAAAGGACUACUAUGUCACCCCCGCUUCAUCACAAGAACCGCGUGGAAUGCACAAGAAACUCUACAGUGUCGACGAUACCGGCGCGAAAUUGGUCGCCGAUGUGAAUGUCGCCGCCAGCGGGGAGAGACAUUCCAAGCGGAGGGACAGCGUCGAACGCAGCAGCAACUAUCGCUCAUCAGGAAUCGACCGCGAACGGGACCGUGGCAGGAGAGGAUAUCACAUCUCCGGCACCGCCAACCGUCCCCGAGACAAGAGCAUCGACGACGAAGACGCAUACUCCUACACCGACCCUGCGAGUAUGUACCGCGACACAGAGCCCAGGUGGAGAGAAGUUCGUCCUCGUCGAGGGAGUGUGGACCGUGGAGGUGCCACAAGCCGUGAACGACCUGUCAGUGUUCUGGAUCCCACAUUCGGUCUACGGCAGCCGGCCAAGGAAAUCGGCCCGCCGCCAAGCACUCGCGGAUGGGAUAGGAUCAAUGAGAAUCUUGGCCGCACCCGAAGUGCCAGAGACGACAGUUCGAGUCGUCAGCAUGUUGCGCAAUCGCCGACGCGUGGACGAGCGUAUGCCGACCCUGUGAGCUAUGUGGAUGCACGCGACCCGUAUUACGUAGCCCCACGGACCAACUCCACCGACCGCAGGACCACCGUGCAUCAAUACGACUAUGGCUGUGAGGUUCAGGAGCCGAGAGAGGCGAAGCGAGGGAGGAAAUCUAGCGUCACGAGGGACGGUCGGCCCGAUCAGAGUGUGGAACGGAGAGGAUUCGGGAUCAGGUCCGAUCUUCCUCUCCGAGCGGACAGCCAAAACCGCCAUGGCAGGGGAAGUGAUGAGAGCUUUGAUGCGCAAAAGUAUCGGGACUCGGCGUAUGGGGAGCUGCAUCGGAGAGACACCGCUCCGGAGCCAUAUGUGCACGAGGUCGAUAAAAAGGACCGUGAUGUAGUGAUUGAUCGCGAACGACACCGCGAGCGCGAGGUUCGUGUAGAACCUCGUGAGAAGCGGAGGGAGGAGGAUCGUUCUGCUUAUGAUCGCGACUAUGACCGCAGCAGCAAGAGGGAAGGUUCACGGCACGUCGAGUCGGAGCGCACCCGUCAAGUGGACCCGUCUGGUGAUCGCGAGAGAGAGCGGCAUCACUCACGCCGGAACACUGCCGAUCGUGGUGGGGAUCACAGCAAGAAAGACAAGGAGAAUAGCCCGCGGCAGAGUGGUGAUACCAUUUCCAAGCCCAGCCUUUCYCAAGCCGCUACUGGUGGAUUGGCUGGAGCCGCCGCCGCUUUCGGUUUGACUGGCCUUCUGAGCAAGGUCACGGAUAAGAACCGUGACAAGGAUCGGGAGGAGUUGAAAGACCAGGAGCGGGAGCGCGAACGUGAGCGCGAAAGGAAGGAACGCCGCAAUGAUGAAGAGCGUCGCAAGGAUGAGGAGCGUCGCAAAGAUGAGGAGCGACGUAAAGAUGAGGAGCGCCGUAAAGACGAUGACCGCCGCAAGCCAGACGACCGAGAUCGCUCACCUCACCGCGAACGACGACCAGGAAAAGCUGCGAGCGAUGAGGAGCCUCGUGAACGGGAUCUGGAGCGCGAUCGGUAUAGAGAACCGGACCGUGGACUGGGAUUCGCUUUCGAGGGGCCGCCUGAACCACCCAGGAGUGCACCUCCUCUUAACAACUCGGAUUGGAAGCCGGAUCGUAUGAAGGAUGAUCGCGCUUCCGAGAAGAGGGACGCUCCACAACAGGAGCGGAUUGCUGAGAGACAGCCUAUUCCUGCGCAAGACCGACUACCUGAGAAACAGGCUACAUUUGAUCGACCGCCAGAGAGGCAAUCCACUCUUGAACGACAGCCCGCGUAUGCCCAAGAACGGGAGGCGGAGCGUGAGCUAAAGACGGCGGAGAUGCCGACUCCUGCUAUUGAUGCCGAUGAAGACUACCGCCGUAGAAUGGAGCAAGUCCAACGCGAAWUGGGCGUUCAAAGGGAUGCGCUCCGCAGUGACGACCGUGGCUCAGACUCAGACCCUGAUCGCGCUCGUCGACGUCGCGAGCGCGAACAGCGGCAACGUGAGCGAGAGAACCGCAACGGCGGUGGCGCAGCUGUCGGGGGUGCUGUGGACCUCAACAGCUCCUCGGAAUUCCCUCUUCAUUCCUCUCGCCGAAGUUUCGAAAGAGAUGGCAAUGAUGGUACGUCCACCGUCAUCACCGACGCUGCCAAACAAACUCUCCGAAGACGCCCCUCGGUCCUCGACCAACCCAUGUCCAUGAACGACCCCGUACAAAUCAUCGACAACUCCGCGUCGGAGAAACGCGAGAACCGCGUUAGAAUUGUGGAUCCUCCAACGGAAGCAGACGAAGAACGGUCCCGUCCGAAGAGUAUCCUCAAGCGACCCACACCCAAAUUCCCUGAAGAUCCCAACAACAUUCGCGAGGGAGUAGCUCCACUCAAGGACGCUACCAAGAAGGGCAUUCCGCCUGGAGCACGAUGGACCAAGAUCGAUCGCAGACUGGUCAACCCUGAAGCACUGGAGGCUGCACAGGAGAGAUUCGAGGAGAGACUGGACUGUGUGAUUGUGUUGCGAGUCUUGACCAAGGAGGAGAUUCAGAAAUUGGCGGAUAAGACUCGGGCGAUCAGAGAUCAACGCUACGAACUCGAGCGCCAAUCCGAACGCAAGUCUUCAAGGAAACCCAGCCGGUCCCGAAAGGCUGACAGGAGUGAGAGGGACGAGUAUAGUGAGGAGGAUAGUGCGGAUGAAUUCAAGGCCAAGGUUCCCAAGGCUUUGGAGGCUCCUCCUAGUAUGACAGGCAGUGGAAGUUUGGCGGAUUUUGUUAGUGGCGUGGGUAGGAGGGGGGAGAAGGAGGAGAGUGGUGGUGGUAGUGGUUAUGUGACGGUGAAUGCGAGGGAGAGGGAGAGGGAACGCGAGAGGGAGAGAGAGAGGUGGGAGGAUGAGGAGUUGGGGAGGGGAAGGUAUUGA